CAGUACAACUACGAACCGUAUUUCCUUGGGUCCACUGGCGGCUUUGUUGUCACGCAGUUCGGCUUGCCGCUGAUCGUACCCUGCCCUCCAAAGAUCACUGGAAAGGAGUUGUACGAAGAUGUGAUGAGCCAAAUGCGCAGAUUUAUGGACGUUUCAUCACCAGCGAUAUCGAGUAGAGCGCAUGAUCCGUCGGAAGACAUCUCGUUUGGCUAUCCAUUCUCGUUGUGUCUCGUUGAUGAAUCCUGGGAGUGGUGUGGCCAGUGUCCGGCGUUGCGAUUCUGUCGAGGUUGCGUCAUCAGACCGGAUUCGACCUCGGCCAGCAUACCCGAGAACUGUGGAAUAGCUGUUGAUUGGCUGCCCAUUGCUUUGUAUCUCAAAUACAAUCAUUCACAAGAACUGCUGCCCAGAGACUUUGGAUGCGUUGAUACAUUGCGACACGUGCAACGAGAAGACAAAAAGGGACAAAGUUAUGACUAUAUGGAGGCUGCCAAGAUAUUUGGUCAGUAG